AUGGAUGCAGAAAAGUCAGCGGUGGUAGAGACAUCCGCCGUGUCAGCAAAAUCGCCCGAUAGCUAUCUCUCUGGUUGGCAGCUUGCUGCGGUUAUUUUUUCGCUCUUUCUGGGGGUGUUUGUGGUCUCCUUGGAUACGAGCAUCAUCGGAGUCGUGAUUCCGUCCAUCUCGUCUCAUUUCCAUGCUCUGGACGACGCUGCCUGGUAUGGCAGUGCGUAUCUGCUUACGAUUACGGCCUUCCAGCCGCUCAUGGGCAGCAUGUACAAGUUCUUCAAAGUGGAACUCGUCUUCCAGAUUUGCCUGGUGGUGUUUGAAGUGGGCUCCAUUCUGUGCGCGGCCGCCACAAACUCGCCCAUGUUCAUCGUCGGUCGGGCCGUUGCCGGUACUGGAGCUGCUGGCAUUCUCCAAGGCGCCCUGAGUAUCAUCGCCAUCACGGUGGUCUUGGAGAAGCGCCCGCUGUAUCAGGGCAUCGUGAUCAGCGUCUUUGUCAUUUCCGUCUGCGUUGGACCGGUCUUGGGUGGGGCGUUUACCACCCAUGGGAUCUGGCGCUGGUGUUUCUGGAUUAACGUUCCCAUCGGUGGAGUGACGCUGAUUCUGCUUUUAUUCGUCCUCCGGAUCCGUAAUGCCGAGAAUGACAACCGAUCUCUCCCACUGAAGGAGAAAUUGCAGCAUCUGGAUCCUAUCGGUUGCAUCGUCUUCAUCGGUGCGGUUUGUUGUCUUCUUUUAGCCCUUCAAUGGGGAGGCCAGACGAAGCCCUGGCACUCUGCAACGAUUAUAGGGCUUUUUGUCGGGUUUGGCCUCCUGUCGAUCGUGUUUGUCGGCAUUCAAGUCUGGAGGAAAGAGCGGGCUUUGAUUCCACUACGCGUCCUGCGUCAGCGGUCAAUAUGGACGAGCGGGGGGGUGCUCUUUUGCCUGGGCUCGGCCACCUAUACUGUCACAUACUACAUGCCGUAUUACUUUCAAGCCGUGCAGGGUGCGGACGCAGUCCACAGCGGAGUAGACCUCAUCGCUGUAUUCAUCCCUCAGAUGCUUGCAGUGAUUCUGACAUCCGCCCUUGUCACCCAAUGGGGGUAUUAUGUCCCGUACAUGAUCGUCGGCGAGUUGAUUUGUAUCGCUGGAACUGUAAUGCUUACGAGGUUGAAGGUUGACUCGUCCACUGUAUAUUGGGCAGCCGCUUUGGUUGUUCAUGGGCUGGGCAUGGGGUUGGCCAUGCAGCUGCCUUAUACCGCUGUGAACGUAGUCCUACACGAGGACGACGUCCCGACCGGAAAUGCCAUCGCCGUGUUUGUCUGGCAACUGGGAGGGGCCCUAGCAAUCGCCAUCUCGCAAACAAUUUCGUUAAACAACAUCCUGCGAGAGGUGCCCCGGGAGAUCCCCGAACUUUCGCCUGAGCGAGUCAUGUCCUGGGGCGCGUCUAAUCUUCAGGCACUCGCCCCCACUGCCGACGCGUUAGUCGAGCUUCGCAGCAUCUGGUGCACAUCCGUUUCGCAUGUCAUGAUUUUUGCACUAGCCUGCAUUUGUGCCUCUGUGCUCUUUACCGCUGGGAUGGAGCGACUGAAUGCAAAGGAGGUCGCAAAUCAACGGCGGGAGGCCGGCGGGGAGGGCGUCCAGGUUGGUGUUGGCCUGGCAUAA